ACUUGCUUCCCCAUUUGCAAAACCUCGCCUUUGUAAAAGAAAAAGGAAAAUGUCUUCAUAUGAAGAUUUAAAGGAUGGUGUGUGAGCUUUAAGGGAAAACUUGGAAGCACGAGGGUUUAUGAGCGACAUUAGAGCGCGAGUGCGAGCAGAAGUGUACAGAGCCCUUGAAGAUGAGAGUGAGAUAAAGCCCCAAGUUUCCAAAGAGAGCGAACUCUUGAAUGAGCUAAUCAGAGAAUACUUGCGUUACUCUGGAUAUAAUCACACAAUUUCGGUGUUUUCUGCAGAAGCGGACCUUCCAGCCAAGCCGGCUGAUCGCCAGACUAUAGCCACUGACCUUGACUUGGACAUCGAUGGAUAUCCUCCUUCAGUGCCCUUGUUGUACGGUUUGGCCCUUCGCAAUGUGUUGACGAAACCACCCCACCCCAACCCUCCGCCAAAGCAACCUGCAACCCAGAAAACAGACAUUCUCCAGGAGCGACCGCCGUCAAAUACUGCCGGGUGAAGCAAGCGAGCAGUGGAGGAUUGCGUCACUGGACGUCAAUAAUCCAGGGCGCUGAUGAUGGCCAUAAAACGCAAUGAAAGAACCUCGCUGGCGUCGCUCCGCUACCGGCAUCCCAUGGAAGAUAAUCAAUCUUAGCAAACCCAUCGCUCUACGCGCAUAGAAGUAGUAAAAUGCUCAUUGCACCAGCUCAAAACAUGUCGUCCAACCCAUCGUCUAGUCCAAUAUAUAAGGA